GACAAGCCAAGAGUUUGGGUGAGGAGGGAGAGAGAGAAAGAAAGAAUGUUAUGAUGUCACACCGGCCCACUCAAAUACAAAAGCAGUGUAGAGAAAGACACACAUGCUCGCUUUCCACUAACACAACUCUUACAGCACACAUCACCAGCUCUCAAUAAAUCACAUGUCUACAGUGUGGGACAAGGACAAAAAUCUCCGUGGCAGGAUCUAAAAUGUCAACAUCUAGAAAAUAGAAGCAGCUUUUGUUUCAAGAAAUCCCAACAAGAACUCCAAAUAAAGAGCUGGACUCUUUAAAAACUGUUUACAUCCCCAUCUUACCCAAACACAUACACCCAAAUCAUCAACAUGCUGCAGCAAAUAUUAGCCGACAUGUACAUCGAUCCAGAUGUACUAGAGGCUCUGAACGAAGAACAGAAGAGGAUCUUAUUCUUCAAAAUGAGAGAAGAACAAGUCAGGCGCUGGAAAGAAAGAGAAGAGAAGGAAGGGAAAGAAGGGAUGAAAAAAGAAAAGCUUCGGCAGAAGAAAGGUCCCUGUAAAACUGUGAGCUGGUUGCUGGGCAGUGAUGGUGAUGUGCACGUGUGCUUCAUUGGAGAAUCAGACGAUCUCAAAUCACCCAAAUUCAUUUUGUCAGAGCUGAGGAAUAAGACGGCAGUCAACCCUAACAAUAACAACAGAGCGAAAGCAGAACCUGCAAGCGUCAGCCUAACCACAGCCAACAGAGAACCACAGGCCAACCCAGAAACAGGGAUCCAUCUUCUGCUUAAGAAACCAGAGGAGCUGGGUAAUUCUGGAGGAGAAUCAGAUGAAUCUAAGCAGGACAGCAGCUCUGAUCAGUCUGCUGAUGACACCAAGGGCCAAAACGAAGACGGCAGCGCUGAAGAAGACAUCGUCCUCUACAAACCACAUUUCAGCAGCACAGCCUCAAAACUAGCAGAAAGCCUGAAUGAUCUUAGGUUGCACAGAGUGAUGAAAGAGCAGCUGUCAAUCACAGACAAAACACGCCCACUGGACACAGGAUACAAAGGAACAGUGAGAGGAAAGGACAGCAGUAUGUACCGCGGUCGUGUGGCUCAGCUUAGACAAACCUUUAACACCACAAAUGCCAACGGAUCCGCCCCCAGCGUCAAACCACCAAUCCCCAACAAGCCUCUUCACCUACUGACCACCUCCUCUGUCAGAUAAACACACCUGAAAUAUAGAAACAUCUACGUGUAUGCAUAACAGCAGCAAAAUGGACAAAAAAAACAAGGACUUCACCUGAGCGUAUGAACAGAUGCAGGUGUGGACUCAGCUGGAGACUGAGUACAGAAAUCAAACGCUCUUUAUGACCCAGCUCAGGCUCACACUGUUCAAUUUUCACACUGUGUUUACAGAGGAACAUGCUCUCUAAAGAACCAUGAUUUGUUCUGUUGCCUUGACAUGAUAUUGUUUAUGUGAUGUUUUUUGUACAAACUGUUUCCUCUAGGGGAGAAAGACCAAAGGUAUUGUCUACUGUUUUUAAAGUUAUUGGCUAAUCUUAUUUGGUUGUAAGUAACGGUGUCAUAUUGUAUAAAAUAAAAUGCUUGGCUUUAACUUUUAA